GUGACUAUUGUUUGGAUCCUCCGGAGUAGGUUUCUGCUCUGACUUGGCCCUCAAACAUGCUUCUCUUCCCUGCUGCUGGACACCAGUCAGCUGGUUUUGUGGGAGAUACAGUCUAUUGGAGAAGAUAGAAGAAUAAGGGCAGAAACUGGAGUAAUUCACAGUGACAAUAUUCUCACCUGAAGAGAGAUGGCAGAAAUCAAUUCUCCUGUAAAUAUCAAGGAGAAGAUCAAUGCAAUCCGAUCAAUUGUUCCGAACAAAAGCAAUAAUGAGAUAGUUCUGGUGUUGCAGCAGUUUGAUAACAAUGUAGACAAGGCUGUUCAAGCUUUCAUGGAUGGCAGCGCAACUCAGGUUCUAAAAGAAUGGAAUAUGACAGGGAAAAAGAAGAACAAUAGGAGAAAAAGAAGCAAAUCUAAACAGCACCAAGGCAAUAAAGAUCCUAAAAAUAAGAAUGGUGGACCUGAGAAGACAUCACAAGAGCCGCAAGGAAUAUAUGGCUGCCACCUGAAUGGAUGCUCUAAGGACAACUCUUGCAGUGGUUCUGCCAGUCAGAAACUGGAAGCCUCUUCUCUUGAGAACAAAGGAUCAGGAUUUGUAGAGUCUGUGCCAGUCUAUCCAGAAAUCAGAGACAAUGAACGAGAACACCAGAGAGUAUCUGUGGAAUUAAACCCAAAGAUUAUGAAUGGAGUAGAACAGCAUGAGUCUCUUCAGUCAUCAGUUCAACUCCAGUGUAACCUAGGCAGGCCAAAGUCAAAAUCUUCCUCUGUUAAAUCAUCCAGUGCUACAACCCAACUCGAAACAAAAACAGAUGAUUCAGUCAAAAAAAGAGGGCCAAAUAUUGAAAAAUCAGUAAAAGACUUGCAGCGUUGCACUGUUUCUCUAACCAGAUACCGUAUGAUGAUCAAAGAGGAAGUGGAUAACUCUGUGAAGAAGAUUAAAGCUGCUUUUGCAGAAUUACACAGCUGCAUCGUAGACAAAGAAGUGUCAUUAAUGGCAGAAAUUGAUAAAGUUAAAGAAGAAGCCAUGGAAAUCCUGACUGCUCGGCAGAAGAAAGCUGAGGAGCUGAAGAGGCUGACAGACCUAGCCAGUCAGAUGGCUGAAGCACAACUGUCUGAACUCAGGGCUGAAAUUAAGCACUUUGUGAGUGAACGGAAAUACGAUGAAGAGCUGGGCAGGUCUGCCCGAUUUUCCUGUGAUACGGAACAGCUGAAGACCCAAAUUCAGCUCUGUGGAGAAAUUUCUCAUCCAAAGAACAACUAUUCCUCAAGAACACCAUGUAGUUCAGUGCUGUCUUCUAUGACCUCGCAUGUAACAACUGGCAAGCAAAAUGCACACACACGGAAGUCCUCCAAGAACUCUGAUAACAAAACAGCCAGCACUAAAGUACAAGGUCAUCUUUCUUCCAGUCCUACAGAAUCUUCUUCCCAAGGAAUCCCAACAAACAAGCAGAAUGGGCCUUCUAACCAGAGACGAAGAUUCAACCCACAGCACCAAAACAUCCGGCUCAAUGGAUCUCUUAAGUCCCAAGCUGCCACUAAUGAGGCAGAUCAAAAUAACGUAAAGAGUGGUUCCAGGUCUGAACACAGAAGACAGCAGCAUAACAGCUUCAGAUCUAAAAAUAAAGGAGCUAUGAAAAAUCAAGACCAACCCACAGCUACAAGGACCACAGAGAAUCCAACACACUCAGAAAAGACCCGACGAAAGCACCAUACGCCAGACACGGCGCAUCCCAGGCCUUUCCAAGGCAGUGUCGGCAGGGUGUCGCAGUGCAACUUGUGUCCCGCAAGGAUGGAGGUCUCUGCUGACGCCACUGUUCUUUCAGUGCCAGCUGUGACUCUAGUGGCUUAAAAUGUCACCGUGACAGCAGGCAGAGAAAAUUUUAAUCUCUUCAUUUUAGUUUCUUGCUCGAGAUGCUUGUUGGUGAAGAAAAUAAGUCAGAACAUAGUCAUUUUAAAUCUGUUGCUACUUAAAACUUGACAGUAUCUUUAUUACUUACUAAUUAUCAAAAUCAAUUCAUACUUUCAAGGCUUUGCCCAAUAUGUUCACAGUUAUUUUGUCAUGGUAGUACAGAAUCUUACCAAAGCAGCAUUUACUUCUUAGAAAAAAGAAAUCUAGAUUGGAAAAAUAAUUUUAUAAUUAAAUUCAUAAUAGCAAAAAUAUGUUGUAGAUAUGUGGUUAUACCACAUUAUUGUUUUCUAGAGCAGCCUGUGUUAGAAGGAUCCCAGGAAGUUCGUAUGCUGUGAUCUGCAAUGAAAUCAGAUAAUCUUGUAGAACUUUUCAGCAAAUCUCUAUACACCUCUUUCUUUCUGUGUGUGUAUACACACGUACAUGCAUGCACACUGUAUAUGCAGAGAAUGUUGUUAUAUACAAGAACAUUUGAAAAAGCAGUACAUUUGAUUUUAGCUUAUUAUUCCAUAAUCUGAGGUCUUUAAAUUCAAGUAUAAAUUGUAUUAAAUGUAUUACAUAUUGGUAUUUUUCAUUGACAAACUAUUUUUAUGAGGCUGAGGAAAAAUGCUCAUUUCUUAAGUUCUGAAUGUAUAUAGUCAUGGCACAACCCUAUUCUCCAUCCUUAUAAGCCACUUUUCUAUGACUAGUUGGAUUUAUUUUUUUGCAUAUGAAAAAUUGCAGGUGUUCUAGACUUGAAUCCGAUUUAUUUUUCUAUAUUUUUGCUGUAGGAACCAUCUGUCCAUAACGAGAGCUACGACUAAUAAAUUUGUUACAGCAACAUGCAGCAGAAUAUGGAGGUACAUAUUUGAGCAGAUACUACAUCCUUCAGAAUUUUCUAUUAAAAUAAAAAUCUUACUUAGUCUUAAUGUUCUGAUUCUGUAUUUCAGAAAACCUGUUUCUUUCAAAAAAUUAAAAUCUUUCUAAAAUAU